GCAGCCAAACAGCAACUAACCACUUCCUUCUUGCACCUCUUCCACAAAUACAUAUCAGAGCUGAUGUUGAAGUUUGAGUCUGUCUUUCUCUGUCUGAUGGUCAUCAUGUUCAGCCGAAACCAAGCAGCUCGGCUCUCCAUUCAGCUAUUAAUUAUGUGCCAACUCUCUGCAGAGAUUCUUGCAGUUGAGCACAAACUGGUGUCCCGGGGAGACUCCGUCAUCUUCACCUGCAACAUAUCCAGGACAAAUGUAACUCAAAUCAUCUGGACCAAAGGCAGAUCGUUUUUCAUUAAUUCAUACCAACUGAAUCAGAAUUUUUCAAAUUUCACCUCUCCCAGAGUGAGAAUAGACGUAAACUUACCUUCAAAGCUGAUUAUUUCUAACAUUCAGUAUGAUGAUGCAGGACUCUAUAGAUGUAAUGUAACUGACCGUAGAAAUAUGGAGACUCUUGAGUGGAAUUUAACGGUGUCUGGACCUGAAGAAAUCAGUCCAUCGUGGUCUUUUCUAUACAUACUCACAGCUGUAAUUGGAUUUCUUCUGUGUCUUCACUCCAGCUGUCUGCCUCUACAGGACCAAGACCCCAAACCAGGAGUGGGAAAGCAGCACCCUGAGUUAUGCCCAGUUUCAUGUUCAGUUGGGAAAAGAGUCCCUGCAGGUGGCUCCUCCUCAACCCCACAGUUGUGCAGAAUACAGGAAUAACCACAAGCAGAGGGAGUCGGCACUUCAAGAGGCUCAAUUCAAUCUUUGGUCUGACAAGCGUGAAGUUCAGUACAAAGCUGUAUAAGAAACAAGAGAUAUGUUGGACAGGAAAGUACAAGGGAGAGACAUGUUUGAUCAGGUUUAAAAAUGAAAAUGAACCUAUAGCCAGAGAAUGAUGGCCUCAUCACAACUAAAUGUGGAGA